CAAAAGUGAAAGUAAUUCCAAUUAUGGGUUCCAAGAUGAAUCUUACUGAUGCAGUCACCUUUCUACUGGUAGUCCUCCUAGCUACGGCCUCGAGAGCCCAAGGUACGGAUUUCAACGUCAAGCACACUGGUGCGAAGGCCAAUGGCAAGUCCGACGAUAGCCAGGCGAUCUUAAGUUCAUGGAAGCAGGCGUGUCAGUCCCCAGGCCCAAGCACGGUGGUGAUACCCAAAGGGACGUACCUGGCAGGGUCGCUGCAGUUCCAGGGGCCGUGCAGGUCCAAAUCCAUCGACUUCCAGGUCCAGGGAACCAUCAAGGCCCCCGCUGACCCUAGCCAGAUCAAGACAGACUCCUGGGUACUCUUUCAGAAUGUUGAUGGUCUGUCUGUCUCUGGCGGCGGUACGUUUGAUGGCCAGGGUGCCGUUGCCUGGUCUCAGAAUGACUGUGCAAAGACGGGCAAGUGCAACUCUCUCCCCAUUAAUUUGGCCUUCACCUCACUCACAAACUCAAAGAUCCAAGACAUAACCUCUCUGGACAGUAAGCUAUUCCACAUGAACAUCAUCAACUGCAACAAUGUCACCUUCAAGGGCAUCACCAUCACAGCGCCGGAAACCAGCCUCAACACCGACGGCAUCCACAUUGGUCGGUCGACGGGGGUCACCAUCUCCGGUGCGAACAUCAAGACCGGCGAUGACUGUGUGUCUCUGGGCGAUGGGGCCCAGCAGAUCCACAUCGAGGGGGUCACCUGCGGGCCUGGACAUGGCAUCAGCAUUGGCAGCCUAGGGAAGUACCAGAAUGAGGAGCCUGUCAUCGGGGUCACUGCCAGGAACUGCACCCUCACAAACACCAUGAACGGCAUCCGGGUCAAGACAUGGCCAGCUUCCCCAAGUGGGGUCGCCUCUGACCUCCACUUUGAGGACUUCACCAUGAACAAUGUCUCCACCCCGAUCCUCAUCGACCAGCAAUACUGCCCCUACAACCAGUGCCAACAGAAGAUUCCCUCGAAGGUGAAAAUCAGCAAGGUGAGCUUCAAGAACAUCAGAGGGACCACUGCAACAGCCAUGGCAGUUAGGCUAGUGUGCAGCAGAGGUGUGCCCUGUCAGGGCGUGGACGUAGGAGACAUCAACUUGAAGUACACUGGCAAAAAUGGAUCUGCGACUUCCGAGUGCUCUAAUGUGAAGCCCACGACUUCAGGACAGCUGUUCCCGAAGAUUUGUGCCGAGUCAUCUUAAUAACCUGAUGAUGACGUACGGAUACCAGUGCCGGUCAGAGCUCGUAGAUUCUUUCCCUCAAGUAUGGGAGGAAAAAAAUUAAUUUUUGUCAUAGCUGAGCACCCCCAUCAUACUUAGUCCAUUGGAGCAUGAUGAGUGAUUGGUGACUAGUGACUUGGAAUAUGUUAUCUUCAUCCCUUUUUUUUUUCUCCUUUUAUAUUUUUUGUUUUGUCUGUGUUGUGAACUGACUGUGCCAAUACCAUGUCAGGAGACCGCAAUAAGAACUACAAUUUUCCCUCUAUGUUUCCAGAA